AUGCAGCAAAUGUUUGUUUUUAUAUCGCUGGCUUUGUUGGCCAGUGUGGCAGCCGGACCUGCAGUUAAUCCCGCUUUGUUUCCGUCAGGAUCACCUUUUGGUUUCUAUCCAGGUUCUGCUGCUCCAUUUGCCGCCGCCUAUGCAGGUGCUCCUUUUGCUGGUGCACCUUGGGUUAGUCCCUUAGGUGCUCCUUUGGGUGCUUCUCCUCUGGCCAUUUCCAGCAGCCAGCGCUUGGACUACUUCAAUCAAUUUAAUGCCGCCUUUGCUCCGACUGCUCCUGGUCGCAUCCUGGCUGCUAAUCCAUUCUCAGCGGCUGGCCCUCGUUUCAUUCAACCAACUCGUUUUAUUGCUGCUGGAGUGCCGGCACAAUUUUUUGUUUAA